AGCUAGUUAGCACAGACCCAUUUGUUGUGAAGCUGCGGUUUGAACCUUCAGGACGUCCCGAGUCUCAAGUUGAUUAUUAUCUGACAGUCAAAGAGAACCUGUGUGUUGUAUGUGGCAAGCGAGAGUCCUAUAUCCGGAAGAACAUUGUCCCUCAUGAAUACCGAAGACACUUCCCCAUCCAGAUGAAGGACCACAACUCCCAUGACGUGCUCCUACUCUGCACAUCCUGCCAUGCCAUCUCCAAUUACUAUGACAACCAUCUCAAGCAGCAGCUGGCUGAGGAGUUUGGUGCCCCCACUGGCUCUGAGGAAGGCGUGCGUCUGCUGGAGGAUCCUCUGCGCAGGCAAGUGCGCUCGGGGGCCCGAGCCCUGCUGAAUGCAGACAGCCUGCCUGACCCCCGAAAGGCAGAACUUCUGCAAAGCAUCCAGGAUUUCUUUAACACAGAGGCAGUCACCCCAGAGAUGCUCCAGGAAGCAGCUGGUCUGGAAACCAGGAUCUGCAAUGAGAGCUACAUGCCACACGGACUGAAGGUGGUGCAGUGUUUUGCUAAAGGAGGCCUGCGCUCCCUUAUGCAGUUGGAGAGACGCUGGCGGCAGCAUUUCUUGGACAGCAUGCAGCCCAAGCACCUCCCAGAGCAGUGGUCAGUGGACCAUAACCACACGAGGCUGAUCCGGAAGUACGGGGAGGAUCUUCAGAUUGAGCUGUCAUGAGACUAACUUCCUGGACUCUAGGUAGUGUCUAAUGGACAUACGUAACUGAAGGUGGAAGGACUGGGGUUUUUUCUGUGUCUGCACUAACAUCUGGGCCUGCUUUUGCAAACAGGCAGCAGUGGAUCUGCCAGAUUCGGCAUUUUAUAUAGUUAAAUCCAUUGACUUGAAUUUUCAGAUGGUUUGGAAUUUUUAAUCCUACUCUGUCACUGACUAGUUCAGUGCAAGAGUGAUGUACUAAGGGAACUUGCCUUCUCAGAGUGACUAUGGAGAGUUAUUUUCUGCUCCCCUAGGACGGCUGAUGCCUCCAGACCAUCUCUUUUAACACAGAGCACAAUAUACGAACAUUUCCACGGUAUCCAACAGAUAUAUAUGUACCCUUAGCUGCAC